GGCACGAGCAGGCAUCGUUUUCCUUGUCGUCACUGCGCGUCGGGUUUAAAAGCCAGUGCGCGCUCAGCUGACAAACCAAAGUUCGUCUCUCUCUCGGAAAUACUACACAGGAGCGCGCAGGGAGCGCUUUGCUUUUGCAAACACCAGCAGAACACCCUCAAACGCUUGCCCUCUGAAAGCGAGCGCUGCGAUUCAGUGGAUUUGCAGGAACCUAGUUGGAACGUAUUUUGGGGAGGCGAAACGCUCAGCCGCACCGAUUCUCUGAGAUCGUCCAUCUACAGUCUUCGCAUGAAUCUACUAGAUCCCUACCUGAAAAUGACAGAGGAGCAAGAGAAGUGUCUGUCUGAUGCCCCAAGUCCGAGCAUGUCCGAGGACUCCGCGGGCUCCCCGGGCUCCGGCUCGGGCUCCGACACCGAAAACACCCGCCUCGCGGCUCCGGACGCGACGCUCGGCGAGUUCAAGAAGGACGAAGAAGACAAGUUCCCGGUGUGCAUCCGAGAGGCGGUGUCUCAGGUGCUGAAAGGCUACGACUGGACGCUGGUGCCCAUGCCGGUGAGAGUGAACGGCUCGAGCAAAAACAAGCCUCACGUGAAGAGACCGAUGAACGCGUUUAUGGUGUGGGCGCAAGCGGCGCGCAGGAAGCUCGCGGAUCAGUAUCCGCACCUCCACAACGCCGAGCUCAGCAAAACUCUGGGCAAACUUUGGAGAUUGCUGAACGAGGGUGAAAAGCGUCCCUUCGUGGAGGAGGCUGAACGCCUCAGGGUUCAGCACAAAAAAGAUCACCCUGACUACAAGUAUCAGCCCAGGCGGAGGAAGUCUGUGAAGAACGGCCAGAGCGAGUCUGAGGACGGCAGCGAGCAGACUCACAUCUCCCCGAAUGCCAUCUUCAAAGCCCUCCAGCAAGCCGACUCGCCCGCAUCCAGCAUGGGAGAGGUGCACUCGCCCAGCGAGCACUCAGGCCAGUCCCAAGGGCCGCCCACUCCUCCCACCACUCCGAAAACUGACGCGCAGCCAGGCAAAGUGGAUCUGAAGCGAGAGGCCCGUCCGCUUCAGGAAAGCACGGGACGCCCGCUCAACAUCGACUUCCGCGAUGUGGACAUCGGCGAGCUCAGCAGCGACGUCAUCGAAACGUUCGACGUCAACGAGUUUGAUCAGUACCUGCCGCCGAAUGGGCAUGCCACCAAUGCAUCCUACUAUGCCACCUGGAUGGGGAAGCCUCAAAACGGCAGCCCUCCGAACGCCCAGCUUACUGGAGAGCAAGAGCAACCGAGAACGACGCACAUCAAAACCGAGCAGCUCAGCCCCAGCCACUACAACGAUCAGGGCUCUCCGCAGCAAGCCAGCUACGGCUCCUUCAACGUCCAGCACCUCCAGCACUACAGCACUUCGUUUCCAUCCAUCACCAGGGCGCAGUACGAUUACUCCGACCACCAGGGCGGCGCCAACUCCUAUUACACCCACGCUGGAGGUCAGAGCUCCGGCUUGUACUCCACCUUCAGCUACAUGAGCUCCAGCCAGAGGCCCAUGUACACACCCAUCGCUGACUCUGCCGGGGUUCCUUCCAUUCCCCAACCCAACCACAGUCCCCAGCACUGGGACCAGCAGCCGGUCUACACACAGCUGUCCAGACCCUGAGCAGAUACCACAUCAUUCCCCAGUACACUUUCAUAAAGUACUUAAAGUGCUCUGUUUUCAUGCACUAAUUCCUAAAAGCGACUCUUUAGUACUUCUUAAGAUAAACUUGAGGUGUGUACUCAACUGUGCUAUUUUGGGACAGCAUGAAUAUAAACUAAAAUGCGCUUUUAACAUACUAUCUCUGUAUUUAAAAAAUGUUUUUAGUAGUACACUUGAAUGUACUAGUGUACUAGUGAAAGAUAGGUAGCUAAAUACAUUUUUUAAAAACAGAGAUGGUAUGUUAAAAGUGCAUUUAUGUUAACAUUCAUGGUGUCCCAAAAUAGCACAGUUGAGUACACAUCUUAAGUUUAAGUACUGAAGAAUCAUUUUAGUAUAUUAAGAACCAAAUUAGUGUGAAAAUAAAGCACUUUAAGUAUAUUAUGGAAGUGUCUUUUUUAUUUUUAUUAUUUUUUUUCACCUGGGAUCCACUCUCUUUAUCACACACUUGAAUUGCCCACACACACACACACACACACACACACACACACGAAACAUUGAAAUGCAGGAAAGAAAGCUGGACUUUAAGAAAAAAAAAAAAAACGGCUCCCGACGUGCCUUUUAAUCGCCUGAAAUCGUGAUUAGAAUAUAUAUAUUUUUAGCCUUGUUUGCAAGAAAAGAAACAUUUUUGAGAAAUGAUUCCUCUGUGAGGACUUAUUGAAUAUUGAUACUUUAAUAUGUACUGUGUAUGUUUUCUUAACACAACUUUUUUUGUAUUUCCGGCCUUCUGUGUUUCUUGUAGAAAAGUCUAUUUUUACUAAACCACUCUUGGUAGUCAUUCCUUGUCUUUUUCCAUCAGUAACACCCUUUUUCCUUUUGCAGUGCAUUUAAUGUUUUAUAGUUUGACUCUGUGCCCUUUAUUUAUGUUCCUGUAAAAUAUCAUUACUAUCCAAGGGUUUUUUAUUUUUUAUUUUUUUUACACCAGCUCUCAUUCACGCUUUUAUCCCCAACCAGCAUCAGUGCCUGUCAAAUGUUGGAAGCGAAUUAGCGGGAAUAUGUACGUGGCAGCGGCAGCUGAGAAUUUACUGAGUGUCUAACAGCAUGUGUCGCAGCUCCAGGAAGUGCCCUUUGACCUCUGCUUGUCAUUAGCUGCCUGCAGUCCUACAGGUGUCAUCUUACAGCCCCUCCUUUUGUAUCCCAUCUUAACCCCUUUAAUUUAUUUAUUAGUAUUAAUUUUAUUUCAAAGAAAUGAUUUGCAUUUUAUUCUUUAAUACUUUAUACGAAAAAAAUGAAUUGUUAUUUUGCUCCUCUGACUGUGGUGACAUAUAACCCAACGGGCCAUUUAGACAGAGGGCUGGUACUUAAUUCUGUAUUCAUCAUGUUUAUUUAUCAUAUGUAGAUUUUUCUAUUUUAAAUGUUUAUUUGUUCUUAUUUCUAACCAGUUGUGUCAUGCACAAAAUACUGUUGCAGUUUCUAAAAUAACUGGAAGAGUAGUCUUUCGUUUGGAAAGUUUUACGAUGCUCUAAUUUGAAGCUGUAGUUGUUUUUAAGUAGAUAGUUAGUUAGUUGGCAUCUUUGUUUGCUUAUACAUUUCCCUUUCCGAUUUUGUGCUUUACUCCACUUCAGUGAUCUCAGAACUGAUGUUGGUAUCUUUUUUACACAAGACUGAACAAGUUUUUUGUCUUUUAAAAAGUUUAACAUUUUACUGCCUUUGAAGAAGCUCAUCUUUUGUAUUAUAUUUGCAAUAAAAGUGAGAAUAAAACAGA